UACGUGCGAGCUGCCAGACUUACAAGUUUCGAUUGAAAAAUAUUCUGAAAUAAUACGAGUCGGGCUGGAAGAGAGAUUUGGAGACUCUCGAAAAUGGAUGCUUACAGCAAGUACUUGGAUGAUGAACAAUUUAACACCAACCAAGGCAGCACUCAGACUGAGUCGAAUGCGCCCAUCCACAGUCAUCCGACUGUGCUUAGGCAGAGACUGCAAUUUAAUAACUCUUCGUCCUCGAACCCAAGAGUGUCCAUGCGCUGCAAGAAAAUGCGUCAAGAGAAGUCGAAAACACAGCCUCGGCCCAAGGAAGUCAUCCAGAAAGCCACCCAGACUUGCCACAGUCAGCCGCCGCUGGAGCCGCACUCGAGGAAAAUCCGUCCGCCGAAGCAGCCGCAGCAGCAGCAGCAGCAGAACUUCCGACAGACUGAAACUCAAGUGCAUCGAUGUCCGAACAGGGCGACACGUCAGGCGGAUGCUCCGUCCUUCCGGAUGGGACUGAGCUACAUUCAGCCGAAGUCCCUGUUUAAUGUGGAUUAUGCACCGCAAUCGCGACGUGCGCUUCGUCUGCCCCCCUUGCCGCCCACCAACAAGGCAUCUACGCUAGAUCGAGACGGCGCGGGCGGGGAUCGGUUGCUGUAUAGAAAUUCGAAUUUUGGCAAGGAGUCCAGUCGCGGCCGCAGCGAGAAUAGCGAGGAUCCGCUCUUCAAUCCGACCGAGGUCAAGGAAUCAUCUUCAAUGCUGCAAUCGGCAAGGGAGCGUUGCAGAAAGACAAAGGCGCAUUUCAAUGCCAAAUAUGCGGAUAAGAAUGAGCCGGGCACGGACAGCGAUUCGGCGAAUUCGUUGAAGACCGUAAUUACUACCAAAAGUGGUGAGAAUUUGCGCACCGUGGUGCGUUCACAGAUCGAGAUGCAGGAGCUGUUGCAUCAAUCGAUUAAUAAAAUGACGGAAAUGACCGACAGACUGGUGCUGAGUACCAACUCCAGGCUAAUAUUGCCAUCGCUGGGCUUGUCGGGCGAGUCCGAGUGCAGCCUGAUCCAACAAAAGACGUCAAACCCCUCCAAAUCGCCCGCAAAUCCGCAAAAGGAUGUUAGGGUCUCUGCCGGCUUGGUGCCAGGAGCCAAGUCCGAGAAUCCUCUUUGUCUCGAGGAGCUAGUCAGUACCAAGGUGAUUGCGCCUAUGAUGCGCCGUGUACAGCGCAUGUAUUUAAACAAUCUACAGGAGGAAAUGAAACUGAUGGAGGAGCUGGAGCGUGUGCCAUGUCAGGUUAGCGACUUGUACAAAUCUGCCGAUGUGCCACCGGGGCUAAGCAAACAGCUGAAAUAAUUUAUUUCACUUUCAUUUUAUUGUUAUAUAUAUUUUUUAAUCAUAUGCUCACUGGAAAUAAUAA